GUUGAGCGGUUUGGACGCGUCGCGGUCGGUUUUCGCGUCGUUGUGUUAUAUUUUCAAACAAAUGGCCGCCGACGCGUGUGCUUCGGCAAAAAAGUGUUAAAUGUUUUAUAAAUGUAAUAGUGUAUCAACGUUUGAUCAGUGUGCGCCAGCCGUGUGCAGCGUUUAAUUUUUAUUGUUUGAAAAUUGUAAAUGAAACAGCGGUAAAUAACAAAGCACCGUUUGCAUAAAUGUGCAAGUGUGUGUUGGAGUCAUUUUUUGUGUGCGUGUGUUAAGUGUCCGACAAAGUGCAUGUGCACGGAAAUAAAGUGCCGCAAACGCCAAGUAAAACAGAUGAAAUAAUAUUUUGCAAUGUCUGUGUGUAAAUUGCAAGCGCAUCAAGCUGAUAAAUGUGCUAAAAUUAAAGCAUAAAACAACCCGAGCAACUAGCAGGUAUCGAUACACACACACACACACACACAUACAUACAGAAAAAACCGACGGCGAAUGCAGUGCGUGUGCAAUUGUGUAUGUGAGGGCGACAAAUUCGCUCUGUGUAUGUGUGCGCGAGUAAAAGAAAAGAAGCAAACCUGCGUUUGCGUUUGCUUUUGCAUUCGAUUUUGCGCCUUACAUGUGCGCUCGUCCCGGGGUUCAAAUUCCAAUUGGAAUUUACAAGUUGCGCAUGCGUCGCCGCAUUCUUAAAUCUCGUGUAGUGUAUUGUUUGUGUGUGUUUGUAAUAAAUCAUUCAGUCACUCAACAAGCGGCAGCUGCUGCAACAACAACGCUAAGUGAAAUUAACAAUUAAAUUGUGAUUUUUUUGUUUUUAUCAAAAUAACGAAGAAACGUAUUUUGCAUAAAAAGCAAACGAACGGAAAACGAAUUAAAAAACCCGCCAGGAACUGGAACUGCGCGCGGCCCCAAAAAGGUCAGAGGCAGCACAGCGGAACGUUGGCAUGAAACGAAACGAACGCCCAGCGAUGGCGGCAGACAUGCAAAUUUAUGCAUUUUAAGUGCAGCAGCACCAACAACAACAACAACACGAAAGCAGCAACAGAAACAGCCACAACGAAACACGACUAAAAGCAGAUUUUAAGCAAAUUAAUUAAAUUAACAUACACAUGGAAAUCGGAACCAAAAACAAUUAGCGCCACACUAUGGAAGCUGCCACAGGAACACGAAAUGAAACAGCGGCUGUUGAUCAAGCGCAGCCACAUGAAGCCACAGAGGCGGUGGGCGUGGCAAUGGCAACAGAAACGUCAUUUUGCAACCAAGAGACUGAUAAAGCGGCCAUCACGAUGAAGUGCGUCAACGGAAGCGCUGACAUAACUAAAACAACAACAACCACAACGAACACACUCAGAUUGGAGGAUGUGGUUGCAUUUGUCAUGCCAGCAGCAACAACAGAAGCGGCAACAACUGCAACACGCAGCACCACCAAAUCGAGCAUCAUGCCCCAUGCCACCAAAUCGGCCGGCAGCAGUCGCAGCAGCUCGCUGCGAAAACAACGACGCGCCGCCGGCCUGAACAACAUGUUGUUGUUGGACGUGGCUGGCGGCGGCGGGGGCGGUGGUGCGGCUGGUGCGUUGGGCGGUGCCGGCAGCGAUAUAAAAAUAUCGCAAUCGAUGACCUCGCUGCCAGCGGACGAGCUGCAGCAGGAGCGCCGUGAUGUCAUCCAGGCCAAGCUGCAUCUCGAGCGGCCCUACAACAGCCUCAAGAAAAACUCACAGAGCGGCGGCAACAAGUGCUCCAGCAGCAGCAGCAACAACAACAACAUCAACAACAACAAUAGCAACAGCAACAACAGCGGGAGCAACAACAAAAUGCACCGUUACUCUUGGGGCAGCGGGCACAGCCACAGCAGCUCGACCAGCCUGCACAGCAGCGCCACACUCGGCCUGGGCUCGUCGGGCAAAGAUGACCUCUGGGCGGCCAUUCAAACAAACUAUAAUUAUAUUAUGGACACAAACCUGCUGGAUACGUGUAAAGAGGCGCGGUUUGAAAUUGAGGAGGCGCAGCCCACAUCACGCGAGUCCAAAUUUAUGGGAAGCCAACUGCAUAUUCUGGAUGAAACGCAGCGACCGGAGGGUCUGUGCGAGGAUCCUAAGGAAUUGCGUCGCUGGCUACGCGAAAUGGAAAAUAAAUUGGAAAAUGCGCCAACUAUUUCGGAAUUAACAUUGUAUUGUAAUUCGGAGUUGCAGCGCCAUCUAGCAGUACACUCGGUGUUGUACCAUGAAAUUGUAUCACACGCUCGAGUUGUAAGCGCUUGCAUUCGCGCCGCCUCCGAAAGGGAACGCGAACGGGAACAGUCGCAGUCACAGCCACAGUCACAGUCGCAGUCACAGUCCCAGCUACAGCAACAACCCGCAUCUCUCACCAGCAAUUGCUCUAGUGAAUCGACUAGUGAUUCGGUGACCAAAUCGCAUAGUCUCAGCAGCGGCUUCGCCUCUGAUGCAGCACAGUUGACCACGCCCAGCAGCCAAGCGGCAACAACUGGCACUGGAGUCGUCGCAGCUGGCGGCGGCAGCACAGCUCAUCCCAGGAAGGGUGAGGGCAAUUUGGAGCGACUACGCGAUCGUUAUCAUCUGAUCUAUUUGAAGGCCUUUGAGCUGCAACUCUGCCUCGACAAUUUACUGCGCAAACGCAGCUCCACAGCGAACGGCUUGGAUGACGACGACGAUACCGAAGACGAUUCAUUUGGUUACGAGGGCGAAGGCGACGGCGACGCUGCCACCGAGGACGAUCUGAACGAGGUUGUCUCCGAUUUGGAUUUGGAGUGCGAGAGUGGUUGUGCGCCGAGUCACAACUCGACGGAGCUGUUGCAACGUUGUCAGCUAACUGCCACAGAGAUUGUUGCCGCCAACGUUCAGGCCGAGGAUCAGUCACGCGAUUGUAUCGCAACCCAAAAGCCUGGUGACGAGGCCGACGAGGAGCCAGAGGAGGAGGACGACGACGAGGCAGACGUUGUUGAUUUUGUGAUUGCCAAACGCGCCUGGCGUCCAUCCAAAAUCCAAAAUCAUCUCAGUCACAGUCACAGCAACUCACCCGCCGCAGCAGCCACGCUCACCGACUUUGAGGCCGACUCCGAGAGCAGCGAUCUGGAGCAGGUGCAGCAAUUGCGAAGAGGCGGCGCUGGUGGUGGCAGCAGCAGCCUACUCAUCAAUCAGCGACGUGUGGUGCUGCCCAUCAUUACACACAGCACACAGCUGCACCACCAUCAACUGACAGUGGGUCAUGUGCUAGACAUGUCGCAGGCCAGCAGCAACAACAGCAGCAGCUCCACGCCCAAUUUGGCUAAUUUGUCGCUGUUGCAGACGCGACACGGCAACGUCAAAAUGUUGCCGCCACAGUGCCACAAUGGCGUCAAGCCGAAAAGCAUCGCCGUGGCCGUAAUCACGCCCAAUACCCAUAAUCAUAACCAUCAUAAUGGCCAUGGCCACGGACAUGGCCAUGGACACGGGCACGGACACGGACACGGACACGAGCUGAACAAGUCGCCAACGGUGCUGAGAAAGGCGGCAACACAUCGCGGCCAUCACAAUGACACCUCCAAGUUCAAUCGUUCCAAUCGCAAGUCCAAGAACUGCGCCAUCUUCUACUUUAAGCAUUUGGAUACGGACAAUGAGACGAGCGGCACCGCUGGCACCGAUGCUGCCGGCGAGUUGGAAGCUCGUCAACCCAACGAAAUACUAAAAUCGGCUGAUGCCUCAUCGGAUGACGACGACGAAGGUUGGCUCUACACAGCAACAGCAACAGCAGCUGCAACAACAACAACUGCAACUGCAGCAGCAAUAUCCACAGUCGAUGGUCUGCAGUCGGCUGCCAUCUCGUCGACAACCUCUGGCGCCGUUGGAGGAGUCAGCGCUGCGCCCAGCGACGACUCUGAUAAGGAGAACAAGGAGACGCUGGUGACCACAUCGACAACAGCAACGGCAACAGCAACAGCAACGGCAACAGCAACUGCUGUUGUUGCAAUUGCAACUGGUGUUGGCAGCACUGGCAACAGCAGCAACUACGACAGCAGCAGCGCCUGCUCCUCGUCCAAUUCGAACGGUGUCCAUACGGAGACCUCGGCCACGUCGCGGGUUACCCAAAUGCAGCGCAGCGUUGUCGACAUGGACAUUCAGUUGCAAAUCAAUGGCAGCGCCAGCGAUGGCAGCAGCACCACCAACACAAGACACAUCAUUAGCAACAAUUGCUACAAACAACUGCACAGCGACAGCGACAACAACAACAGCAGCAGUCAGCAGCAGCAGCAGCAACUGAAUGCCAACAACAAUAACAAUAAUCACAAGCAACAGCAACAGUCGCGCUUGGACUCUAAACAGCAAAAGCAACAGCAACUGCUGAAAAUGGGCGCAAAUCUGGAGAACGCUGAUGAGGCAACUGUUGCCGAUAAUGUAAAUGGAAAUGCAGCACAGCUGCAGUCUAUGUGCCACAACAACAACAACAACAGCAGUUUUUAUAGCCGCGCCGACAUCUGCAACAUCAGCGUUUGGCCCACUGAGAUGAGCAACUGCAGCAAUGGAAAUCCCAUUCCGAAUGGCCAACAGAAUGGUGGCAAUCGUUUGCCGCCCCGUUCGCCGGCCAAGUCCGCCAAGUCGGCCAAAUCGCAGGCGAGCAGCAGCAAUGCGACUAUGUCGCCAGCUAAGGGCAAGGUCUCGCAUGAUUCAAUCAAGCAGCUUGUGCUCGAAGCGGAGCAUAUGGUGCGCGACGCUCAGGAGGCAGCGUUGAAGACGCCAACGAAGCAGAAACAUUCCAUCAUCAAAAUCUCGUCGACGGUCAAGAAGCGCGAACUGACCAUGCCCGGUCCCAUCAAGCAGCGUGUCGAGGAAUGGCUGGAGCAUCAGCCCUCCACGCCGCAGCUGUUGACGCGCAGCCACGCCCUUGAGGUGCCCAGCAAGCCGGAUGACUGCGAGGCCUCCGGCGAGGCCAGCGAAACGGAUUCCAUGCCGCAAACGGGUCUCGUUUGUGGCGGCAACUCGGACUCCUCGGAGGGCUUCACCGACUCGAUUGCCACGUGCCUGCAGACGAGCACCAAUUCGUAUGGCAAUUCAACGGAACGCAUUGGCGGCUCCGCCGAGCCCAUCGGCCAGCCGGCCACGCCCCUCGGCUAUGGCAGCAGCAAUCAGAGCCUGAAUGUGAAGAUCGUUAAGCGUCCGCAGACGCGUCGCAAGUCGGAGCGUCCCUGGUCCGUCUCCUGCCUGUCGCAGCUGACCACCGAUGCCGCUCAGCUGACCACAACGAUUGCCGCCGUCGGCCAGAGCUCGCCGCCGGGCCUGGCCAGCCAUUCGAUCAGCGAGAGCGCCCUGGACUCUCUGUCGCCGGGUCCACGGGCACGUGCCUCCUCCUCGGGCACGGGCAGCAAUGCGGCACGCAAGGCGGACAGCAAGGGUUUGCUGCGGCGCCGGCGUGCCCGCAAGAAGCGCAUGUCCGCCGCCUCGGCGGGCAAGAAGUCCGAUUCGGGCUCGGAGGCGCAUGGCGAUCUCACACAGACGCUGAUGAAGUCCUGCGAGUCGAUGUCCUCGCAGCAGCUCCAAGAGUUCACCAAUGCACUGUUGAGCAUACAAAAGGGCAGCCCCAAGACGGACGAGCCCACGAACACCGAAGCCGACGCCGAGUCCCAGCUGAUGGUGCCCAAGUUCCGCGUGGGCUCCUUCACCACAGCCGCUUUGAUGGCCAGCGAAAUCCGCUUAGGCGCCCUCGCAGCCCUCUCCAACUACAUGCACGAGGACGAGCAGCAAGCAGCACGCACGCCCGUACCCAGGCAAAAAGAGCUGAGCACUGAGGAGCAUCACAGCAGCAUCUCGGAGACGGCCUGGGACAACUAUCAAGAGAAAUACAAUUCGGAGAACUAUUCGGAGGGCUUUGAUUCGGAUGCAGCGCGUCGUCUCUUGGAAUUCGGCGAUGACUAUCGCAAUUUCAUUGACUCGCAGUCGGAUUGCUGCAGUUCGCUGUCGGCGGCCAACAAUUUGGAUUCGUUUUCGCCACCGCGCAUGGACUCGCUGCAGCAGCACGAGCAGAAGGCCCUCCACAUCACCCAGGAGACGAUCAGCAGCAGCGUGGACCACGCCCGUCGCCAGCGCGCCCUCGAGCUGCAGUACGAGCGACGUCGCAAGACGCUCGAAGUGCGACGCAAGUCGUGUCAAGACAUGGCGGAGGCCAUCAGCUCCCAGAAGGAGCAGCAGCAACAGCAGCAGGCAACGACCGCCAAUCUUUCGUCCUCGGCCACGGCCCUGACGACGCCCAAGCAUGCGAUUGCCAGCCAACAGCUGCCAGCAGUUACCCGGAAUGAAUCCGUGGGUCGCAAACUGGAAUUUGGCGCCGGCAUGAGCCACUCGGCCCAGUCGCUGCUGCGUCGCACCUCGGAGAGCGACACGUCGACGCGACGUCGCCGCACGGUGACCGCCGAUGAGCGCAGACGCUCCUCGCGCAAUCUGGAGAAGUGCAUCAAGCUGAUACCGGCCACGUCCUCGUCGAGCGGCGACGAUUCCGAGGAUGGGGAACAGGAGAUGCGCUCCCUGCUGCAACAGAGUCGCGAUCGACUCGAGGAUACGCGCGCCCUCAAGAUACGCUGUCAUCUGCUGCGACCCGAGGAUUAUAACGAGAUAAUCAACACUUGCCGUGACAAUAUACGCUGCCUGGAAGCCGUGCUGAGGGGUCCGCCUGGCACGGUGCUAUCGACACAGUGCGCCGGCCAGACAAAAGAUCUAUUGGCUGCUUGGGAGGAUCUGCUUAACUGGAGCCAGAAUGCGGCGAGCGCACGCAAGCUGCAGCAGGAGAUGAGCGCAUUGAAGCACACGCUGCGCCGCCUGGGCGAUCCGUCCACGCCGGAGCUGCUCGACACAGAGCCGGCCAUACAGGUAGCCGUCGAGGCCUUAAAGCACGAGCAGACACAGCUGAGCAGCUAUCGCACCAACAUGCUGCGCCUGAACGCCUCGGUGCACAGCUGGCUGACGCGUCAGGAGCGGCGUCUGCAGCAGGAGCAGCUGCAGCAGCAGCUGCAACAGGAGUCCGAACAACUUCAACAGAAGAAAGAUAAAGAGCAGGAGCAGCAGCAGCAAGCAGAGCUGAAGCCUGCUGCCGGCGGCGUGGUGGCCAUCACUGUAACAGACAGCAAUGGCAACCAGGUGGUGGAAGCCUCCACGGGCACCUGCGAUGUGUCCAGCCUGAUGAGCGCCGAGCAGGAGUUCCACAAGCAUCUCAAGGAUGAGGUCAGCGACAUGUACAGCGCCUGGGACGAGGCAGAUGCCAGAAUCAAUUCGCAGCUGGAGAUGCUCACAAAUUCGUUGAUUGCCUGGCGCCAGCUCGAGUGCGGGUUGAGCGAGUUUCACCUGGCCUUGGGCCAGGAUCGCGGCACACUCAAGGGCUUGGAGGGCGCCCUGGACAAGGGACAGGCGACGCCUGUCGAGCUGGCACAGAACGUCAAGCUGGUGGCCAAGCUGCUCUCGGAGAAGGUGAACGUUAGCCAGGAGCAGCUGCUCGCCGUGCAGCAGCAUCUCGAUCCCAACCACAUUUAUCACAUUGCCAAGUUUACCGCAUCGAACGGUUCGCUCUCCGAUUCGGGCAUCUCGGACGGCGGCGCCACCUCCGAUGGCGGCCUGUCCGAGCGUGAACGACGCCUGGGCGUGCUGCGUCGCCUGGCCAAGCAGCUGGAGCUGGCUCUGGCGCCCGGCAGCGCCGCCAUGCGCUCCAUAGCAGCGCGCAUGGAGAGUGCCGAAGCGGAGCUGAAGCAGCUGCAGAACACCUGCCGCGAUUUGAUUGUGCGCACCGCUGCCUCGCACCAGCAGAAGCAGCAGCAGCAGGAGAAGCAAAAGGAGCAGCAAAAGGAGCAGAAGGAGCAGCUGGCCAAUGGCCAUGCCAAGCAGCUCGCUGGCAAAUCGCAAACGCAGUCGCCCAAGCGCAGAAACGCGCGCAAAACGCGCCAAACCGCCGCCGCCGAGGAGCAGCAGCCGGAGCAGCGGGCUACGCUGCGCAAGGAGCAGGAGCAGCAGGUGGUUGAGCAGCUGCAGCGCAUUGUCGCCGCCGGCGGCGGUGGGGGAGAUGACGAUCCGCCCGAAGAGCCAGCCGCCGCACUGCUGGACAGCUCUGAGGAUGAGGAUGCGGACGGCGGCGGCUCCAAGAAGCGUCGCGGCUGGGCGUGGCGCAUCGCACGGGCGGCGGUGCCCAUGCAGCUGGCGCUGUUCACGUUCUUCUGCGCCGCCUGCAUGAUGCAGCCCAAUUGCUGCGACAAUCUCAACAAUCUGUCCAUGAGUUUUACGCCUCAGCUGCGCUAUAUACGCGGCCCGCCUCCGAUUUGAGCGGCGCGUGCUGUGCGUUUUUCGCCGCGAGCGAAACGCGCGCACGUUUUUAUGUAGGCAACAAAAAUAAUUUACUUAAGACGAGUAUCGUUAAGCAAUCUAACAGCCAGUUAGGUGCCAGCGCAGGCGACAAGCAGCAGCCUGAGAUUCGGGCGACCUCAAAGUGGAACCCAGCAAUGAGGCGACCACGGCGCGUUUCAGACGCGUUUCGCGCGCGCUUCGAACGCGUUUUGCGUUAAAAUACGCUCGCGCGCUCGCGUCUUGCAGCAGUUACAAUUUUUUUUCGUGUGUGUUUUUUGUCUUUUACAAAACGGAGGCACUUAGUUUUUUUUAUGUUUAAAUGUGCGAAACGGCAUGCUUAAGAUAAAUCCCCACAUAGAUUUUGAUUUGAUUUGAUGGAUUGUUUCGUGUUUAUCUUAAGAGUUUGAUUGCGGUUCUUACAAACAUAUAUUUUUUACGAGGAAGCGUUUAAAAUUAAGUGCAAAAAACACAAGUUUAAGCUCAACUUUAGCAAGUACAGGAUGUCUAAGGGAGGAAAAGAGAGCGGAAGAUCAGGAGUUCAUGACACAAACAUGGAUAAGAAAAAAAAAGGAAAACAAAAAUUUGUAUCGUACUUAGAGCAGGAUAUUGGGAAGCACGCAACUUCGCCCACAUAUCGAGCAA